UUAAGAGAAACAAAAACAAGGCCUCAAUUAGUCAGGCUUGUUCAACUGAUAGCAAAGCUCGUGCAAAUGAUUCUAGCCAGGUGUCAAACACAAAAUUCGAUACGAAAGCAACUGACCUUCUUACCCGCGAUUUAAAGGCCACUGGUACCGUAGGCUCAGUACAGAAAUCUUGUGACUCAAGCAAUGGGUGCAGUUGCGUUGGUAAAGGAUGGGUUCAGAUUGUGGUUCGAAGACCAACCAGAGAUACUUCGUGGAUUUUGAGACUACAAAGUCGGCCGAAACUCGAUGAAACACAAACUUCACUACCAGCGAUGGGAAAGACAGGGAUUUAUGAAAGUUUAAUUUCAAAACAAUCCUUUGGUAAGCCCAUUUAUUUUCUCAAACCUUCCCAACCUUCAAUUGUGCCAGGCGUCACUAGAGUUGUCGAUGGGGAAAACUUUGUUGAAGUUUGCAAGUCAAAAGGAGCGAUUUAUUACUAUAUCGACAAUGGCUUGAUUGGUGAAGGUGGAUUUGGUGGAGUAUUCAAGGGUGAUGCCAUAAAAAGAACUAAAAAAACACCGGUUGCCAGCCGUUGCGUUGAUUUUUCAGGAAAACCAUCUGGUUUUUCAUUUACCAAGAGAUCGAUUUUGCAAUUUUUACAUUUGAGACAAAGGGAUUAAGAUUAGAACAGAAUUUUGCAACAUUGCAUGGGGAAAGACAUGAGGGGACUCAAUAAAUAAAUGAGAGACCAAUGGUAACUGAGGAAAUCUGAUAAUUAGGAAGUUUUAGAUCAAAGAGGACAUUAUAUUAUAAUAAUGAUUAGCCUAAAUCUAGUUUUUCCAUGA